AUGGAUUACUCUGAUCAGGGUUCGAUUUUGAUGAACAUUGUCGAUGAUGGUUCGACAAACUAUGGAUACUAUCCCAGAUUAAAUUUCAAUUGUGUUAACAUGUUGAGAUUUGUGAAUCUUGGAUCGUUCCUUUCAGUGUUGGGGGAAUUGGGUUCUGUGUCGUUUGAUAAUUUGCAUACUGGUUCAGCCAGAGCCAAGUUGUUGGAUUUGUUGGGUUCUCAAUUCUCGUUCAAACCGAAUACUAGGUUCCCCUCGUCGGAAUUGUAUGUGUGUCUGGACAGAGGUCCAGUCCUUGGAGAGAUCGCGAUCAUGUUGCGUGUACUAGCAACUCCAAGUCGUUUGAUGACGGAGAGUUCAAUAAAAGAGUAUUUCUCUUCGGUGGAAAGCAAGCAAUGUGUGAUGUAUUGCUUUGUUUUAUCUUAUAUGGUGGCUGCUGAUGGUCGAGGUGGGAAGUUGCAAGGGCAGUCGAUUUUGGGUGAGGUUUCUACAAGUUGGGUUGAAGAAUCUAAGGAGAAAAUGGGAGAAUGGUGUUGGUUUUUUGUUUGA